AUGUCAUUCAAUGAUACCCAACACAACAGCACAUUUACAGAGGAUGAUUCUGGCACCGUGGAAAUGAAAGCGGUGUCUUUUUACACACCUUUGAUAUAUGUUUCGAUCUUGGUGAUAUCAUUGAUCGUGUUUGCAUCGCAUUACCGCAAAAAAACCGUCAAAGAGCUGAAUGAACUGCCCUCUUUGUUUGACGAAUCGAUUGCCAGGGACCUGUACUUCGAGUUGAAACAAAUGAAUGACAGUGGCGAAGCCAAGGUUCACGAGAAAGUGCUCAAGGCUGCGCUUCUCAACCGUGGAGCAGAAGCCAUCAGGAGAACGCUGAAGCUGAAAGAAAGCGAACCACAGAUAACAAUGCUGUACAAGAACGGGUGUGUCGGGGAAGAGUACUGGAAACGGUACCAAAACGAGGUGAAAAUUGUGGAACUAGACUUCAAAGAUGCGGUUCAAACUGCAGAACUAAUGCAGCCAGGCUGGCCUCAGCUUUUCAUUGCCGUUAGCAAAGAAAUCUGUUUCAACCAGGCGUUGAAAAGACGCUUCCAAGCCAUCUUGCUACGUAAAGAAGUGUUUUCGAAACAGUGGCAGGUGAACUUUGACAGCACAGGCAAGCUCAUUGAGUAG